CCAAAUAAAUAAUUUAAAAAGUAUUUCUAUGUUAUUACAAAUGAUUAAAAGUUGUUUAGACGAACAGUUUAUGCUUUAUAAAAGUUUGUAUGAAAAAAUAUUAUUGGUAAAUUCUACUUCCGGUWCCGRGUGCGCACUUCCUGUUUCAUGRUUUGCUAGGAAAACAAGAUCCACACACGAGAUGCAGUAUGGAAACGUUAUCAGAUGCCAUCCACUUUGAAUAAUCAGACAGGAACGCCUUUUCACCACAUGUUCAUGAAGACAAUUAAACAAGCUGCAACUAAACUCCAGGGUCUUCAUUUGUGGUUUAACUUGGUGUCAUCAACAUCCUUGUUGAAAACACUACAGUGAAAAGGCGCCAACUGAUGAUUCCUCACAGUCAAGAUGGCAUCCAGCAACAAGUCUGCAUGCAGUGUAAGGACGAGCCGUUCAUCUGGAUCAGCAGUAAGCGCUGCUCAUGCUCGUGCUAAAGCGGAAGCUGCUAAGGUGAGAGCAUCUUAUGCAACCAAAGAAGCACAGUUGAAAGUUGAAAAAGCACAAAGUGAACUGGAAAAAACUAAAAUAGAAGCAAAACUGGAAGUGUUAACAUUACAAAAGGAAGCUGAUGCUGCUGUGGCUGAAGCCCAAGUGCUGGAGGAAGCUGAGGCAACACAAGAAGAGCCCGAAAUCAGAAAACCUCCAUCAGAAAAGUCAAAAUUAGAACGCACAAGUGAAUAUGUACAAUCUCAAAGGAGYAUAAUACAAUCUCCAUCUCCCGAAGAGAUUCCAACCACCUCUUGCCCACAAGUAAGCUCACCCAGUACAUUUAUCACAUGGCGUCCUCUAGACGAAAACAGUGUAGAGCCGCAACCAAUCAGCUCUGAACUAAAGCUUACUAAAGACAAUGUUACUGUCCUAAAUAUGACCAGUCAACCGAGAAGUAAAAUAAAACCAAAGUUGGAGAAACCAAACACUCCCCUCAACCCAAAUUCCUCACUUUUCACACCUAACAAUAACACCCCAGCCAACAUUCCAUAUCUAGCUGAACCAUUUGCCCAAUACAUGGCGAGACGAGAUCUAAUCACUUCGGGGCUUUACCAGUUUGAUGAUAGACCAGAAAAUUAUGGACCAURGUACUCUUCAUUUACAAGUGCAACAGCUGAGGUUCAUUUAAGUCCCAUUCAGGAGCUAGAUCUCAUGACAAAAUGGUUGGGGAAAGAUUCCAGUGGUCAAGUAAAACGCAUACGCUCAGUACACGUUAACAACCCCACAUUAGCUCUACACAAAGCAUGGGAGAGACUAAACGAAUGUUAUGCAGCUCCUGAAAUGAUAGAAAAGGCACUUUUCCAACGAUUGGACAGUUUUCCAAGAAUAACUGUCAAGGAUAACAUCAAGCUGCGUGAACUAGGAGAUCUGCUWCAAGAGAUUCAAAGCGCCAARGAAGACGGUUACCUCCCUGGCCUACAAUAUCUGGACACUUCUCGUGGAAUUGGUCCAAUUGUAGAAAAACUUCCUCAUGGACUUCAGGAAAGGUGGAUGUCUCAUGGAUCUCAAUAUAAAGAGGAAAAUCAAGGCUGUUUCCCACCCUUUGAGUAUUUCUGCAAAUUUGUGUGCAAAGAAGCAAAGAGACACAAUGAUUUAAACAAGGAAGUUAUCGACUAUCGCAUGAAAGUUCAUGUGUUUGGCAACUCACCGUCUCCUGCUGUUGCUAUUUACGGACUUCGCAAAGCCAUCAGAGCAGGCGCAAAGGACUACGGUGCUGAUACUGUCAAGUUUGUGGAGAAGCACUUUUACCAGGUUCUCUUUCUUUACUUGAUCCACGUCUUCCUGGCACGGUUUAACCGCCUGUUUCCACCCUGGUCUCUCAGCCAUCACCGCUCCCCUCUGAUGCACGUGACGGCCUUCCACCUCCAGCCUCAGCUCUCAGCGUUUAGCUUCCACCACCGCCUGCCGUGUUUUUACCAAGGAGAAAAGCUUCCAGACCAGCAUUUGGCCUUUAAUGACUGA